AUGAGCAUAUUAAACAGAAGAAGCGACAGCGGUGCUCAGGGGAGUAGCCAAGGGAAAACGACGGCCGUGGCUGGUCACGACUCAGGGGACGAGUACUUGUCGCAGGGCGAAGAGGUAUUUGACGGUAACGACAUAGAGAACAAUGAACGCAAGAUAUACGAGGAGUCACUUGACCUCGACCUAUCAACUAGCGACCGGCGCAUCUGGCUUGUGCGCCUGCCGAAGUUCUUGGCGGAGAAAUGGCGGGACCCUCGCAACCUCAAUGGCCAGGAGCUGGGCAAGAUCAGAAUCAACAAGCGGGAUCAGUCCAUCCAGCUGCUGCUGAACGAGGACAAGGAGAACGCGGAAAUUCCGCACGAGUACGACCUGGAGCUGACCAAAAAGCAGGUGCAGAACGAGUACAUAUUCACCGAGCAAAACCUAAAGAAAUACCAGCAACGGGAACAGGAGCUUGCAGCAGACCCUGAGAAGCAGAAACAGGCGUUCCUGCGGAAACAAGAGCGCGAGGAAGAGCUCAAGAAACGCCAGCAACAGAUGCGCCGCCGCUAUAACAGCAAGAAGAAGUUCCAGAAUCGUGUGAUGACGGACCGCGACGGGCGCGACCGGUACAUUCCGUACGUGAAGACCAUUCCGAAGAAGACUGCCGUCACAGGUACUGUAUGCCACGAGUGCCAGCUCAUCCCCUCCAUCGAUGACCCGAACUACCACAAGAUCGUCGAACAGCGGCGCCAAAUCGUCCGCAACAUCCACAAACCAACCGUCACAGUGCUCGACGAGACCCCUGGUGUUACGAUGAGCAACGCUGGUCUGUCCAUGCGCUCUGACACCUCAAAGUUCCUCAAGGUUGGUAAGGAACGUAAGAACAACCAGCGUGCCAUCCGGAUGCCGAAGAAAGAGCUGCUGGACUACCUCUUCAAACUGUUUGACGAGUACGACUACUGGUCCCUGAAAGGCCUGAAGGAGCGUACCCGCCAGCCAGAGGCCUAUUUGAAGGAAUCGCUGGAUCAGGUGGCUCUACUUGUCAAAAAGGGUCCGUACGCGCUCAAGUACACUCUAAAGACUGAGUACAAAAAGCUAAAGGAAGCCGAGCGCUCUGCGCGGUUAGGCGAGCUUGCGGGAGCAGACGACCAAGAUGGCGGCUCGCCAGACGGCUCUGGUCAUCCGCGGAACCAGGAUGAGCAGGAUGAGGGCGAGGAGGAUGUCGAGAUGGAGGAUAUAUUGUGA